AGGGUACGGAGGAGGCUCCGGGGAACAACGGGAGAUGGGGGCGAUCGACGGAAAGCGAGCGUGAGAGGAAGGCAGAGAUGAGCGUCUCGAGGCAGCGUCCUCCGGCCACCGGCAUCUCCAUCAGUUCCCCCCGCCGCCGAUAGAGUUUCAGUAUUAAACAACGGCAACAUUGCAACAAUGAAAUGCAGGAGCAUUCCAGACGAUUUGAUCAUCAAUGAGAUCUUGAUAUUGCUUCCUGUGAAAUCGCUGCUGAGGUGUCGAUGUGUGUGCAAGGCUUGGCAUUCAGCCAUCUCUAGCCGCCACUUAAUCGAGUUGCAUAGACAGCAAUCUCAAUCAAAAGUUCAUCUCCUGCAUGGAUCUUACGACAUCCCACAUGGUGUUAACUCUAUCAAUAUUGAGCGUCUCACCGAAGAGGACAAAUUGGAAGAUUAUUACAGACUCCCAUUGCUGGAAAAUUUUGUUAUGAUUAAUUCCUGCCGUGAUCUAAUUUGUCUUGCUUACGAUGAUGGCUACCUGUUGUCAAAUCCUGCUACACGAGAAUUAGUAUAUGUGCCUCAUGCUUCUUGGGAUUUAGAUGACACCCACUUCACAGGAUUUGGCUUUGUGUCGUCACUUGGAAAAUACAAGGUGAUCAGCAUAACACUUGGUACUCCAGAUACUUGUGAGGUGUUCACUGUUGGUUUGGACUGCUCAUGGUGGAAAGCAGAGUCCCCUCCUUGUCCUGCAUUUACUGUAUCUGGUCGUACAUCCUAUGUCAAUGGCAACUUGCAUAUGUUAUCGCAAGACUCUUUUGAUGAGAAUGGCAAGCUACUACUGUUCAAUCUUGAGAAGGAAGCAUGGAGUGUGAAGCCACUGCCAGAUUGGCCGAGCGAAUUCGAUUGGCCCAUUGAACUGAGAGAAAUGCAGGGUUUGCUAUGUUUCAUUUGCUGCAUUCCAGACAAUAGGAUUGACAUAUGGAUACUGAGAGACUAUGCAAACAAUGUAUGGUCAAAGGGCUUUGUAAUUGAUGUCACACAAGUAGUUGGGAUGCCCGACGAAAUGGACUUUGGGCUUGGCCCGCACUACUUUGGGUGGUUCCCUUUGGAGGUGAUGACUGAUGGAAGGAUCUUGCUGCAGAAGGACGCCAUCGAUGACGACCGAUGGUUCUACUAUGAUCCAUGGGAUGGAAGCAUACAAUUAGCAGACCAGACAGGCAUGUUUCACCGUACUUUAAGAUAUGGAGAGAACCUGGUGCCGAUUCUUGGUUUUUGAGAUCGGCGUCUAUAAUUACAAUUUACAAUCCAUUUUACUUCUUUUUUCCAUCAAAUUGUACUGCCAUGCCAACUUGUUCAGGUGGUAUUGUGAACAUCAAAAACAUGUGGUCUUGACUAAAGUUUACUGCUAUCUCAGUCUAUCUUUAAAUUUUGUUUUAACUUAAAUGUACUCCCUGCUGUUUAGUGAAUCUUAUGAGUUCAUUAAA